AUGCCAAGCAACCCAGCUACCACAAGCAAUCAAUCAUUCACCUUUUCUACCUCAUCUUCUACGAUUACUUCUUCAACAUCUUCAAGCUUGAGCUCUCCAUCCAACGCCCCAAUUGUUCAAGGAUACGCCUACGACGGAUGUCUUGGGUCUCGGGAUAAUUACCCAUCAUUCACCCUGGUGGCAACUGAGUCUGACAUGACAGUCCAGAGGUGCAUUGAGAUGAGCCCUGGAAGCAAAUAUGUUGGUCUUUAUGAGCAGUCUUGCUACAAGGCAGAUUCCCUCAACGGGACAGAGUUUGUAUCAAGUUGUUUCUUCUUCAUCUUCUUCCUCUUCAUCUUCUUCCUCUUCAUCUUCUUCAUCUUCACCUUCUUCCUUACCUCCCAUAUCUUCUUCGUCCACUACCCGUACUUCCUCCUCGUAUUCGACAUCCUCCUCUUCCUCUUCUGCAAAACUCGGUACAUCAACAUCGAAGGAAAGUUCUACGACAAAACCUGUGGCUCGCAUGGAGAGAACACAGUUACCCUUACUGUGCCAGAAGCUGCUUGUCAGAGCACUGGAUAUGAAUACCCACUGGCUCAACUACCCCCCGGUUGGAUCGGAGGUUAUGAGACGGAUAGCAGUGGCAACCGAUAUGUCGUGGCGCAGCCAACCUCAGGACCGCAAAAUGACUUUCAGCCAUAUUUCUCUAUUCCUGUAGAGGGAGCGCGAGUCAGCCCUCCUUCAGACCAAGCCACCGGAAGGCCAGCCAUUCCCAAUGGAAGUUCAACAGAGCCCAGCAACAACAAUCAACCUCCCUCAGCUAAAAGUCAAGGUUCUCACCAGGAUAUCCCGGGAUCUCAACAUGGAACGCCUUCAAACCCUUCACAUCCAGCAGCUACCAACGGCAGUCAACAAGGAUCAGACAACUUGGGAGGGUUUGGAAGUCAAAUAGUCACUACCACUUCUUUUCACCCUGACAUUCCCGCGAAUCCGUCGGGGCCAAACCAGGGAUCAGGUAACGGAUCAGGCAACGGAUCAGGCAACGGAUCAGGCAACGGAUCAGGCAGUGAGGCAAGCAACGACUCAGGACAUGGUGAACCUAACAACGGCCGAGAAGGCUCAGAGAACUCGGCGAACUCCGAGAAAGAAACAGUUACCAUGUCUACUUCCAAACCUGACAUGGAAGUGCGUCCAUCUGGAUCAGGUAAUCAGCCAGAAGUCGUAUCAACGUUGGAGACAAAGACAGGAGGAAUCAGUAAAGAGAUGAGUGGUCCCGAGUCAACUAAGACCCUCAGUGCAUCGGGUUCCGAGGAAUCAGGGAAGUCGCCUUUAAUUGUGUCAGGAGCCAAUAGCAAUGGGGACAUGCCUUGGACUAUGGUUUUGGGAGGAUUGAUUAUUGGCUUUGUAUUAGUCCUUUAG